AUGGCCAGGUACCAGAAGCAGAUCGAAGAUGCAGGGCGGAAGGUCCUGGGCAAAGAGAAGUUCGCGGAGCUGAAAAACAUGGCGUCUAACGGUCUAGCCCCCCGCCAUCCACGGCUCCCUUGGCUUCCUUGGCUCGGCGCAGACGACCGGCUCUUUGGCACAGCAGCAGAAAGGUCUGGUGGCGCAGAAGCAGAGACAGAUGGCUGCCGAGGCGACUGGAACCAGCUCUUUUGGGGUCGUGAGUCCGUGAAUAGCAUUGCCUUGACGAAAACGGCCCAACGACUUCUGUCCAACUUCGGCGAGAUGGAGGAUUUAGAGGUAGAUGGGACUGCUCGCAAUAGAUUUGGUGAGGAGAAUACCUUCCUCAUCAGCACAAUAGCUCGCGCCCAUGCCCUGAGUGCUGCGAUGUACCAGCAUGCGCAACCGCAUAUCGAGAAGUUAGUCAUCAACAACUUCAAGUCCUACGCGGGGAGACAUGAGAUAGGUCCUUUUGACAAGUUCACCUCAAUCAUCGGACCCAAUGGCUCUGGCAAAUCCAACAUCAUGGAUGCCAUCAGCUUUUGCUUGGGUAUCAAGACGAAACAUCUACGUGGCGAGCGGCUGAAGGAUUUGGUCUAUCGACGCGAGGAAGAGACGGUCGAUGCGAACCAACGCGGGGCUGAGGUCACCUUGGUCUUCAAAUCGGCCAAGGGGAUCAUGCGAUACUUCAGUCGCAUCAUCAACACUCGAGGCGAGGCCAACUAUCGCUAUGGCACCUCUACCACGAAGAUGGCCGCCAUCGGCUACGAGGAAUAUUCCCAGCUCUUAGCAUCCGAAAACAUCUUCGUGAGAGCCAGGAGUUUCUUGGUCUUCCAGGGCGACGUGAUGCAGCUCGCGAGGCGCCAGGGAUCCGAGCUCACGGCCAUGCUGGAGACCAUUAGCGGCUCUGAGCAGCUGAAAGAACGCUACACGGAGCUGAGCAAGGACUUGGAGCUUGCCCAGGAGAAGGCACGAAUGCAUUUCCAACAUCGUCGCGAGGCAGAAACAACGCUGACCCUACUGGAGCAACAGAGGGCAGAGGUGAAGCGCUUCCAAGAUUUGAAGGCGCAGAAGGAGGCCUUGAUUGUGGAGGCCGCCCUGUUCCGUCUCUAUUGCGCCGACCGGGACGCUACGAAAAAUCUGGAGGAAGCGCAACAAGUGAGAGAAGAACUUUCCAAAACCGAGCAUGACUUGCGGAAAAGGCGCAAGGCGCUUGAGGCCUCUGAGGUGCGUCGCCAGAAGUUGGAGACCGAGGUGCGGGAG